GUCAAAUCUGCCUUGCUUUGCCGACUGACCCCAAGGAUUUACUUCCACGGAAGAAGUGUAUGUCGUUGGCCACACAUCUCCUUUUAAGUAACCUCAUCUAAAAGUGUAUGGUUGUGUGUGUGGAGCAGCUUUGAGUAUCUAAAAACCCAAUAGGUCAUCCAGCAAAGAACAAGGUGUUCUAAAAGCUGACAAGUUGCGUAAGGGCACUUAGUAACAGCAAUCCUGUUUGCACCGAAGAAGGUGGCCUGUCAAUUGGUAAACCACUGACUGAUUCCAAAGGAUUGCAUGGAACUACAGAGAAUUAGCAUGGAUCGUGAUGGUGACAGCUGCAGUGGAAUGAGCACUGAUGAGAGUUGUUACAAAGAAAUGGAUUCUGAGAAAGUCACUAUAAGCAGUCAGUAUCCUGGUGAAGAAGAUGAAGAAAGUCAAAAGUUUCUUACCAAUGGACUUAGAAAGAAAAGCUUAGAAGAAUAUACUGAAGAGCAUCACCCUGGAACCACUUCAUUUGGAAUGUCAGUAUUUAACUUAAGCAAUGCCAUAAUGGGCAGUGGGAUUCUGGGCCUCUCCUAUGCCAUGGCAAACACUGGAAUAAUACUUUUUAUACUUCUUCUUUUGGGAGUUGCAGUUUUAUCUCUGUAUUCUGUUCAUCUUUUAUUGAAGACAGCAAAGGAAGGAGGUUCACUAAUUUAUGAAAAAUUAGGUGAAAAGGCCUUUGGGUGGCCAGGAAAAAUUGCAGCCUUUUCAUCAAUCACAAUGCAGAACAUUGGAGCAAUGUCCAGCUAUUUAUUUAUUGUAAAGUAUGAACUCCCUGAAGUCAUUCGAACCUUUAUGAAACUUGAGGAAGCUUCUGGGGAGUGGUACCUAAAUGGGAACUACCUUGUCAUAUUAGUGUCUGUUGGGAUUAUCCUUCCGCUAUCACUUCUAAAGAAUUUAGGUUACCUUGGUUAUACAAGUGGAUUUUCCCUAACUUGCAUGGUGUUUUUCGUAUCUGUGGUAAUUUAUAAAAAAACUCAAAUACCUUGCCCUUUGCCACUUUUGGGUCAUAAUCCUGGAAACAUGACAAGCAACCAUACUUAUUACAUGUAUCCAAUUAUGAUAGAGAAUAACACUGUUGCGUCUGGAGUCAAUUUUAUGCUGGAAGAUACAAAAGGACAGCAAACAGGAAAUGAAGGCCAUGAAGUGCCUAAGCACAGUAGUGACAUAGAAUAUGAAGUCCACAAUGAGAACAAGUGCCAACCGAAGUAUUUUGUGUUUAAUUCACAGACUGCCUAUGCCAUCCCUAUUUUGGCCUUUGCUUUUGUGUGUCAUCCUGAAGUCUUACCAAUUUACAGUGAACUCAAAAGGCGUUCACGAAAGGUUAUGCAGAAUAUUGCCAAUGUAUCCAUCGCUGGCAUGUUGAUAAUGUAUCUCUUUGCAGCCCUCUUUGGUUAUCUAACAUUUAUUGGAGAAGUCAAUGAUGAAUUGCUUCAUACUUACAUAAAAGUGUAUAGAUUCGACACCCUUCUGCUGUGUGUUCGCUUAGCAGUUCUUGUAGCAGUAACCUUGACAGUUCCUAUUGUUCUUUUCCCGAUCCGCUCAUCAGUCAUCACAAUGUUAUUUCCUGGGAAGCCCUUCAGUUUAUUAAGGCAUUUCUUGAUUGCAUUAGUAAUACUGGCUUUCAACAACACACUCGUAAUAUUUGUGCCAACCAUUAAAGAUAUCUUUGGAUUCAUUGGUGCUUCAGCUGCAACAAUGCUAAUCUUUAUUCUUCCAGCUGCUUUUUACCUGAGAAUAGUGAAAAAGGAAUCACUCCGCUCACCUCAGAAAAUUGGGGCCCUGGUUUUCCUGAUAGUUGGUUUCGUAUUUAUGAUCGGAAGCAUGACACUAAUUGUAUUUGACUGGAUCCAAAAUCCACCAUCAUCCAAGCAGCAUUAAUCAUUUGCACUUUAUUGAAUAAGUCCUUGCUGGUGUGGCUGGAAUUCCCUUUAUGUUUUUUUUCAUACAAGUGAAGGCAACUGAAAAGGAACUGUCCUAUCUAGAAUGCUGAAUAUUGCAAUUGCGCCUCUUGGGUUGCUAUUUAUGUUUUCAGAUAUAUGAACUAGUCUCAGAGUGUUGCUGAUAAUGUAUAUUUUAUGAUAGCACCCACAGAUAUCUACAAAUGGCAAUGUUUUUCAAAGGUAGUUUUCCACUGUAAAAGGAAUUUUACUGAUUUAUGGUAAGGUUAUGCAGGUCACUGCUUUUGUCUUUUUCCCAUAAUUUCUUUCUCCACACCUGUGAGGAGCUGCAGUUGAGCUGCAUUUACUCAUGGCAUCAUAUAUAAAAGAAUAGGCUUGUUAAAUCAAUACUAACUGGAAAGUCAAAACUGAUAUAUUGUGUACCCUCUUAAACGUUUGCUGUUGAGAGACAGAUCAAAUGUCAGUUGCUCAUCUACAUUGUAGCUCCAUUGUCAGCAAAGAAGUUAUUUCCCUCUUACAAAAUGAAGUUCUAGAAUUCUGUAUCUAGUAGAAAAUAUGCUGGUGGACUCUAGUAUAGUCUUUAUCUAGUGUUCAUGGAAAAGUGGUAGUUGAAACACAUCAGUUAGGUUUAUAUGUAAACUCAUCCAUGCAACAUUGCCCUUUAAGUGGAUUUUUAUAUCUUAGUUUAUUGUAUGCAAUGCCUCCACAUGGUCUACAGGAUUGAAGUUGGUGUUAUAGCAAAGGUAGGAUAUAGAUGUGUGUGUGUGUGUGUGUAUGUAUAUAGCUAUGGUGGCAUUAGAUAUUACAUUGCAUUGGUGCACAUUAGUAUUUACAUAUUUUAGGGGGUAGUAUAUGGAGUAAAGUUGGUUUAAGGAAGGCAGUUCUAUAAUAUAUAGAUGGAUUUGGCUUACAGGCAUGUAUAAUUAAUAGCUGAGGGUCCAAAAAUAAAUUCCAUGUAACGGUUUAAAUGCAGUCAAUAUUCCUUCCUGCUUAAAUCAAUGUAAUGCCAUAAAUGUGCUAAUUACUACCAAAAUGCUAACCAACUUUGCAAGCAUUGUGUCUUGCCUCCAUAUAAUUGCUGUAUGCCUUCAGCUCCUAUGCCUUUGUUCCCUACCUCCAGAAAACUAAACCUUUGGUCCUUAAGCCUUUGAGUUCCUACCUCUAUAUAAAUAAGCCUUUAUUUACUAAACCUUUCUGUCUUAAGUCAAUAUAGGAAAAACUUUUACUUCCUAUUUUGCCAUAGAGCACAUCUCAAUGGAAUCAGGUCAGUUAUGCUAUAUUGGUAUAUACUGGCUGCACAAAAGCUAUUAGCCAUUUAUUCAUUUGUUUGACAUAUUUUAAUGAAAAGAAAAAUAAUCUGUUUAAAUAAUGUUUAAUGAUUAUUGGCUUAAGCAAAUUUGUUCCAUGUAUGUGGACCAUGACAAAUAUAUAAAUAUCCUAUUGGUGCUUUUUUCUUUCCUAUUCAUGGGGGAAUAUACAAUAUAAUAAUACAGCUACUGCAUAUAUAUAUAUAUACAUACUGUAUAUCAGCACGUCCCAGAAAUCCCCUCCAUUUUGGUAAAUAGCUGCCAUUUAUUUUUCCUAUUUCAUCUAUAGACACCAUAAACAAAUAAAAUCUUUGAGUAAGACUGUGCCUGUCAUUGCUACUGUUUUAUGUCAAAUUUACUGUUAGCAUGUUUUGAAUUAUAGCACAUUUUUGUUUAGCAUCUUCUUUGGAGAAGGCACAGAAUGUAUAAAAGUUCUCCGCCUACAGGUACUGUGACAUAGUUUUAGAUUGUCUUUGUGUAACUUUAGCACUGAACAAUUUUGAGCCAGUAUAUAAUCAAGUCUUCCACAAUAACUGACUAAAGUGUUAAGGAGUACUUGGAUGUACUUGGAUGAUGAAUGUUUGUUAUUGAUUGGUAUAGUAUAGAAAAUAUUAAUAGAUCCUCUAUCAGUGCAGGAAACUGGCUUGGGAUAUAUUGUAUAUAUACAUUUUCCCCACAUACAAAUGUACGUUGUUUCUGUAUUCUCAGUUCUUUAUGAUGUGUUUGGCUUUGAUUGCCAUUGAUACCCAGCCAUGAUGCUAUUGUAGUUUGCAUUAUUUCACUGUUUGACAUCUAUGUUACUGAUAAUUUGAUAACUGAGCACAAACAGAUAUGUGCCGUUCUUAUUAACUGUACUUACCUCAAACAGAAUGGUGAAGUGCAUAAAAAAAUCUUUAUUAUUUUUUACAUUACAGGGUAUGCUAAUAUUAAAAUUAACUUUUAGUACGAUAUAGAAAA